CUUUAGUCGCCGGCAAUUCUCUUUUCAUCUUCAACUCUCAGAACCUUAACGAUCCUUCAAACCGGUGAUAGUUCAUCAAUGGCUGGUCGAGGCAAAACCCUAGGAUCUGGCGCCGCCAAAAAGGCAACCUCACGGAGCAGCAAAGCCGGCCUCCAAUUCCCCGUCGGUCGUAUUGCUCGGUUCCUCAAGGCUGGAAAAUACGCCGAGCGCGUCGGCGCUGGAGCCCCCGUAUACCUCGCCGCCGUCCUUGAAUAUCUCGCCGCGGAGGUUCUGGAGUUGGCCGGAAACGCUGCGAGGGAUAACAAGAAGACUCGAAUUGUGCCUCGCCAUAUACAAUUGGCGGUUAGGAAUGACGAAGAAUUGAGCAAGCUUCUUGGAGAUGUAACCAUUGCCAAUGGCGGUGUGAUGCCUAAUAUCCACAAUCUGUUACUCCCUAAGAAGGCUGGAACCUCUUCGAAGGGCGCUGGUGCUGACGAUGACUCUUAAAUGUCGCUAGAUUUUUUUCAUGGUCCACUACCAAAUUUAGUUUUUUUUUUCCCUCUCUGUUUUUAGUUUCAAACAGGGUUUGAUUAAUGUGCUUUCUAGCUUUAGUUAGGUUUUCAGUAGUGAUGUGAAUAUAGUGAUAUUCUGCUUGUUCCUUCUAAGAAGAGAUUCUUGGAAUUUUUUUUAAAAUUUCACCUUUCAAUUCAAUGCAUUGAUGACACUCGAAUUCAUGUUAUCUCUAAUUAUAACUAUCUUUACU